UCUUCCCAUUCAACGUUCUAAGAAUUGAAUCAAUACUCCAAAAAUGGCUUCCAAACCCUUCCAUUGCAACCAAAUAUCCUUCACUCUCUCAAUCACACUUCUCUCUUUAUCCUUGAUCAUUUUCCUUGUAUUUUCCAGAUCAAAUUACAACAUCAUCGAUGCUUUUAAACACAAUCCCCCUCCCUCCAACCAACGCUUCAGAAACCUCGAUCUUCUUCAAGAAGAGAUUAAUGGUAAGAAGGAGAUUAAAAUGGGUUUAGUUAAUAUCAAUUCCAAUGAAGAAAUCCAAUAUCAACUACCCGGUUCAGUUGUUAGCACCGUCCACGUUCGCUUCGAUCGUGUUUCCAAGAAGAGAAAAUGGGAGGAUUUUUUCCCCUUCCGGAUCGAUGAAAACCAGCAGAAUUGUCCGGAGAUUCCGAUGCCAGCCCUGGAGAAGUACCAGGAUCUGGACGUGGUGGUGGCGAAGCUGCCAUGCAAAGGGUGGAGCGGGAAAAGCGGGAUGAGGGAUGUGUUUUUGCUUCAAGUGAAUUUGGUGGUGGCGAAUAUAUUGGUAGAGAGUGGGUGGGUGACGCCGGAGGUAAAACGGGCGGUGUACGCGGUCUUUGUGGGGAGCUGUGGGCCGAUGCAGGAGAUAUUCAGAUGCGAAGAUCUGUUGAGGAAAGUGGAGGAUCAUAGGGUGUAUAAGCCUGAGUUAAGGAGGCUUAAACAAACCAUGCUUAUGCCUCCAGGCUCUUGCCAACUUGCACAGCCAUACGGUGAAACUGGUAAAGAAGCAUGGAGAUACCAUUCAGCAGAUCAUGAAAGGCUAAAAAUGCUAAAAUACAGUGCGUUCCAGCAAAGGGAAGCCUAUGCAACAGUUCUUCACACAUCCGAAGAUUAUGUUUGUGGUGCCGUUGCUUUGGCUCAAAGCAUAAUCCGAACCAAUUCGACUCGAGAUUUAAUUCUUCUUCAUGAUGAAAAUAUAACCCCCGAAUCCUUAGUGGGUUUAAAAGCUGCUGGUUGGGACACCCGGCUGAUCAAUGGAAUCCGAAGCCCCUUUGCUGACAAAGAUUCAUUCAAUGAAUGGAAUUUCAGUCCUCUUAGAAUAUGGAUGCUAACAUGGUAUGAUAAAGUUGUUUUCAUUGAUGCAGAUGUUCUAGUUUUCAACAACAUUGAUUGGCUAUUCGUUUUUCCUCAACUAUCAGCUGCACCAAAUGAUAAAACCUUGUUUAAUUCUGGGGUGAUGGUGAUAGAGCCAUCAUUGUGUGUGUUUGAAGAUUUGAUGGUUAAAGUUUUGGAAAUGGAUUCAUACAAUGGCAGUUAUCAAGGGUGGUUGAAUGAAGUCUUUACAUGGUGGCAUAGGUUGCCUUCUCAGGUGAAUUUCCUCAAGGAUUUCGAAGGGGAAGAUGGCAGGCGUCAGGAAAAGAUCCUGGAUGAGAUUUCGGUCCUACAUUUUCUGGGGUUGAAGCCAUGGAUGUGUUACAGGGAUUAUGAUUGUAAUUGGGACAAGGAAGGAAUGCUGAGGUUUGCAAGUGAUAAAGCUCAUGAGAAAUGGUGGCAAGUGUAUGAUGAAAUGCCUGAGACACUGCAACCAUAUUGUGGCCUAACAGAGCACAUGAAUUGGAGAUUAAAGAAGUGGAGAUGGAUAGCUAGGAGCCUUAAACAACCUGAUGAACAUUGGAAGAUUGGUGUAACAGAUCCUCGACAGUACAAUCUUGGUGCUUGAGAAAGGGUAAGUGCCAAAUUCUUGAAGGGAAAAUCAGAAGAAUUUAUGUCUUUACUUUUUCUUUCUAAUGCAAAAUAGUAUGUAUUUGGUGUGUUUUUUUUUUUUAUAGAUUUUAUGUAAGAUUUUGAAAGUGUGGAACAAGGAUUCAACUUAACCCACAAACCUCUGUAAAAGUAGUUAUAGAAUUCUUUCAAUACAAUAAAAUAUAAUACUUAAUCCCCCAUCGA